AUGAGACUUUACAUUCGUAACAAAGUGAAAUACGACCCAUCCAAUGCUGGAAAGCCGUUAAUAUUUGUCGAAUUCCCGGAUCCGCGCGCGUUCACCGUAGGCCAAGUGAAAGAGGUAAGCGUGACAGAGUAUCCUUCAUGUUGUUUUAAUCCAAGUACGAGCCCAAAACAGCUGAUUUGAAGUUUGCAAAAUUUAAUUCGUUGUUGGAUCGUUGAGCAAAGUGCCUCGUUACGUUCAGAACCAAAGCGUACCUGUUUUUAUGGAGCAAAAAAAUGCAUAAAAUCCAAAAGCUGGAGGAUUUUGCCACCGGAAUCAAUUUGUUGCCUGAGGGUAGUCUCUCGAACGUCGACCGUAAUUCAACCGCCAAGCAAUUAGUCCGAAGGCCGAUCACGGAAUGAUCUUGUCCAACAUGAGUUGGGUUACUGGUUGUCCUCUCUUUGGAAAGGUAAAUUCUGGUAGUAUUCUACACCGUUAUGCCUUGAUCGAAGGAGAUUAGACGGGUGACACCCACUGAGAGGGGGGAGUGGUGGAAGGGUGCUCUUGUGUACUUAAGCUACCAGGACUGUGACAUAAUGGUGUCAAGAGAAAAUUAUCUAUAUUUGACUCUGAUUAAACCAGAACCUUAAUCAGUUUCCCUUGAAGGUUCUAGUUAUGUAGAGUCAGCUAUGCUAUUGGUAGUCAGCAACUGGUUUGAAUGUGGGAGUAACAUUAGUUUUUGGGGUUUCAUUAUCUGAUUGAAAGUAGUCCAGAGAAGUAAUUUUGUUAAUAGAGGUGACUGACAUUUUGAUAACCUCAGUGUAAGUUGUCAUCAGAGUUGUGUGAAGAGUUGUUGUCAGUUGAGUGUUAUAUGGCUGGUUUGUGUAAACUAAUUGGUCUGUUAAUCUGCAAUGUUGUUGGCUGUGAAACUAAUGUAAAGUAGUGUAAACAGGUUGUUAUUGUUUGGGAUUGUUAUCUCUUCUCCUGGAUGUACAUUGUAGGUACAAAUUAAAUUUAUUUUGCAGAGGUCAGAAAUACCUGUGGAGAUGAUACCAUUUCACACUUUUUGUUUCGUACUCUCAGGAAUUCAAAAAGAAAGCCAGAGCAGCCAGAAUAGACUCCUUAUACCUCCGUCAAGAUGAUGGUUCUUAUGAGGUUUUAGCAGAUGACAGGUAAGAUUUUUUCUAAUUUAGGUGACUUCAAUAUUUUGUUGUAGUGGAAAACUACUAUGGUCACAAAAGCUUCUGCAUAAUGGCAACUUGAGAAAUAAUAGGAAGCAAAUUAAAAACAGUUUUCAAUGUUAUAAAGCACCUUUAGUGUUGUGGAUGAAUGCUACAGAGAUUUUUCAUUUAUUACUUUGACAAUGAUCACGCAAAAUUCCAAUUGACAAUUUCUUGACAAUAUAGAAAACUGCCUGAACAAGAUCACAUCAGUAAUUCUCCUUACUGUCUGCCAUACUGUUCUUAUGCUGUUAGUUUGAAGAAUGUGGUAUUGAAUCUAUUUAUAAUUCCCUAAUUGAUAUUUUUCUUUAUUCUCAUUAAUUGUCUGCUUGAUAUUGUAUUGAUAUUGUAAGGAGAAAUUCCAUGUUGGUCACUCAUUGGAGUUAAAGGGUUAAGUUAUAAGAGUGCAAGGGAAUCAUAAGGGAAAGCUCUAAGAGGAAACCUUGUGAGUCAAUACUGAAUUGUCCUAUCAGUUUACAUGUAAGAAAAUUAUUUUUUUAAAAGGACUGUGGGCUUCUACAAUAUACAAAAUAAUGCUGUUUUGGAAACAACAAGCAAUCCUUUUUGGGCUGCAACAAUCUACUACAGACUGCGAGAGGUGGAAAAAGAACAUGGUGGUGCAAAUCUCACAGAUGAUCUAAGAGCAAGUAGAGGAUUGGAACAGUCUUCCAUCCAGAAGUAUAUGGCCUUAGGGAUCCUCUUCAAUGGAGGAAACAAGUAAGUCAGAAUUUUCUUUUUUUUCAAGAGAGCUUCUCUCAUGUUAUGCCAAAGUGAGGAUGUUGUUCCCUCAGAAAUGGUGAAUGUAUCAAGCUCUUGGUGAAAAAUAUUAGAGGAAAACAAACUAAAUUUUCUGGCAACAUUUUAGCUCAUAUUGCCAUUGUCACUUCUUAAUUACUCUCUGACAACUUAACUAGACUACUGCACAUAACCCUAUACAUGUAAUUAAGUAAGAUAUUGUGUUUCUCCUUUAGUCGAACACGGAAACAACCUCCAUACUUUGAAGAGGUGGAUCAGUUAUUUGAUCACCUUCAAACAGCUGGAAAAAAGCCAGUUCACAUGUCACAGCAAACCUUGGCCACAUUGCAGCAGCUGAAAGAUGAGUAUGAACAGAAUGAUGUCCAUGAAAAGGAUUCCAUUGGCCACUUUGUUCAAAGACAGGCUUUGAAAUUAGGACUUGUUUCAAGUAAGACACUAGAUCUAUAGUGAAAGGUUUGCAAAAUUAUUGUUAAAUAAUUCAUUGCAUGUGAAAUACAUGGAAUGAUUCAUUAAUAUCAGUCUGUUUUUCAGUUUUGACUUACCAUUAGUAUGCUAGAUAGUUUCAAGUUAUGUAACCCGCUGAAUUGAAUUAUGCUUGCAUAGCAAGCAUGGUAUGUUAAGCAACAGGCCCUGCUGAGGGGUCCAAGUCAUGCUCCCCCUAAAAAUAAAAAAAAUUUGAGUCUCUGGAAUGUAAUAUCCAGCAUUUUGGGAAAUAAUUGAAUGAGAAACAAUGUUUCAGCCAGACACUGUUGUAAGGAUUUUAAAAAUAGUAAUUUUGUGUUGCUGACCACAAUUCACAAAGUAGCUGGCAAAAAAGGGUCUGACAGCUGGCAAGAAUCUGCUGUGUGCUACCUUCUAUAUGUAAUAACAUCCCUGAUUACAGGCAUCCAUCUGAGACAGUGCUAUGUGUGUGGAAGAAACAUAAGAGACUCUAACCAAGAUAAAAUUUAGAAGGUUUCUGUAUGGCUGCUUUCAAGUUAGUAAAAUGUGCAGUUCUUUUUGUUGUCUUCCCCAAUAGAAGAAUCACUUCAAAAUGGUGAUGAGUGCAGUGGAAACAAUUUAGAAGGAAAUGGACAAGUUGUGGGUGCAGUUCAGAGGUAAGUAAAGCUGUAACAGAAACAUUUUCUCUAUGUGAAAUGGAGUGAAGAAAUUCUGUCAUGUUACCUGUUAGAAAUUUUGUUAGCAUUUGGAUAUGUACCUCAUUUCUUUUCAUAUGAUCACAACAGAGGUGGCAGAAAUAAGGCUAACAACAGAGGGAGAAGAGUCAAUGGGGCAGGAAAGGUGGGAAGAAGAGCUCCACAGAGGCAGCGAAUGUGUGGAGACUGUGAAGAAAAUGUGGCUACUCUUUUCUGUGCUGACUGUCAGCCAUCCCUGGUGCUCUGUGAUGACUGUGCAGUUGUGCUUCAUAGGGGUGCAACUAGAAGAAACCACCACUUGAAGGGUGAGUUGUUGUUGCUUGGCGCAGUGUGCCUCAUGCCAUGCAUAAAAUAUUGCAAGCUUAAAAAUUUUCUGAAGAUCCAAUUUUAUACCACCCAUCCUUUACCAUAAUGCUUGUUAUGGUACAAUGCUUUUGGUUAUAUUUGGAAGAAUGCUGCAUUUUCAUUAGAGUCCUCAGCUUCAGAGUAGUGAUCUGAUUUCAGGCUGCUUCAUAUACCACUGUUGUUAAUUGAAGCACUCUUGCUUGCCAAAGUUAAAGUUUUCACUUUACAUUUCCCCCAGGUUGAUAAGGAAAAAAGUUGUCAACUUGUUCCACUUGUUGUUGAUUAGAGCAGCAUUUCAUGAGUCAGACUACUUGUAGCUAUAUCUGUGUCAUCUUUCUUUUUUGUUAGAUGUAAUAGAAGCACCAGCGCCGAGCAAAGGCUAUACCCCUAAAGUGAGUGCAAUUAUUAUUUUGAAAGUCAUUUUUGCAUUGCCUCAUAAAAUCUUGAUAAACUGGACAAGUCUUCUACUUAUAUUGUGAUGGAGUAUAGCAGUAAGUUUUUUUCUCUAGACUUUUGCAUUGGUCUGAAAAUUGCCCAUUAGAUUUAAUUGCUUAUUAUAACCUCUACCUCUUUCAAACGCUUGGUAGGCUUCUUUCAUUGGGAAAUAAGGCAUAAUAAUUAUUUGAAAUUUGCAGGAGAUAACUUUUUAAAAGUAGCAUACUAACAUACUAAAUAUAUAAGGUGCUGAGUGGACUGCACAGAUAUGUCAACAAUAAAUUAAUGCAAUUUGCGAGAGAUAUAGUGACCAACUGGUUGUAUUUUCACAUCUGACUGUUUUAUUUAUUAGUGUAAAUAGAAAUACACUUUCAUACUCAGAAAUAAUAAUGCUUAAUCUUUUAGGCCUACAGAGCACCAUUUGCUAUGUUGGUUGCAUUUCACAGGUAUGUGAUAAUUGUAGCUGUUGAGUAAGAGGUUAAAGAAAGAGUAAUUAUAACAUAGCUAGUAAAUUUGUCUAAUCAAAUUCAAUUGCGCGAGCAUGCUUUAUAUUCCUAUUGUGCAAGCUCGUGACAUUAGCAAACAAAUCUCUUGAGAAAAACAAAUUUUCCAUCGGGUUGAAAAUGUUACAAAACAAUUGGUUCAUGCAUCAGCUGUGCGUUCGUUGAGAUAUGAAGCACUUGGGAAGGUUGGAGAGCACUCAAGAAGCUAGAGUUGCUCUUGCAUGGCUACGCCUCAAGCUACUCUUACACAUCUUUCGUGCUCUCCAAACUUCCUGUGUGCUUUAUAUCUCAAUGAACACAUACUGAUGUAUGAACCAAUUGUUAAAUAAUGUUUGGGUUCAUCAAAGUAACUAGAAUUUCUCAUUGUCCUGACAGGGCUGCUAAUGAAGUUCACAGCAAAAUGAGUUUGACUGAAGAUGAGUUAAAAUCCAGAGCCCAGCCUCUAACAAACACAGAUUUGGAAAUAAAACAAGGUAAAUUUAUGUUUUGUCUUAAUUAAUAACUGACAUUACCUAUUCCCACCAGCAGUGAAUAUCUCAGUCUAUAAUUUUGUAAUCUUUUGGAAAGAAACCCUCAAAAAGCCAGAAUGAAGAUCCAAUUGUUUGCCUCACUGUCAGGAACUGGAGAGAAUGAACUCAAGGAUGUUGGGUUCUGAGGAGAUUAAAUUUUGUUUUGCUAGACAAGUAAAUGGGAAACAGCUUUUGCUCAACAAGGAAUGUAGACUUUUCAAGAAUAACUGAUUAAAAUAGUGUUUGCCUUCAAUUCUAGCAAAAGAGGUGAUAUGUAUUAGCAAUUGAAAGUAGUUCUUAAACCCUUGGAAAAGGGUAAAUCUGCAAUUUAAAGAAUUUUCUCUAUUGUAGAAAUUACCUUUGUCCUGCUAGUCUCCUCUGGCCUUUAGAGGUCUCAAAUUUAAGACUCAGGGCCAGUAAUUUAAACAAAUUUUAGCCAUUGUUUAACAAAGCAAUGUUCUAAGCCAUCUUCAGUUUAGCCAAAUCAUUUAUCUGAACAUUUGUUUUUGUGAACAGUCUGAAGAGGGCCAAAAGCUAAGAAUGGAAGGACAGUUACUUAAUUAUAUCAACCCUCUUGCAGAGAAUCCCUUUGGCCCGCUGGUUUCGAAAAACCACAGUCUGAAAUAGAUCUUGUGUAAAACAAUAAAGCCCUUAAAGUUUGGAAAAUGCCUCAAAUUUUUUUUACAGAAAUAUGCAAACCCAUUUUUGGUAAAGCUCUGAAAAGGCCAAUGUUUUUGUAACCAAUGAUGUUUGUUAGUAUGCAGAGGUAAUAACAAGUCAAAAAACAAAGACCUCAUGAGUUUAGUGGGUUGUGUCCUUGUGUACCGGUACACAAAGGAACGAAACAUUAAUGAACUGCAUCACAACUCCAUGUAUGGAUAUGAAAACAAUCAGAAUUCCCCCGUGUACCGGUACACCAGGACAGCCCCGUUUAGUGGCUCUUUACUGCUUUCUGAUUUUCAGGACGAUGGUCAGGCUUUGACUCAAUGGAGAGUGCCCUAUUGAAGAAUGAGCUUGUACAGAAAGAGGCCAGAACACCAAAGUAAAUUAACCAUUUUUAUUUGUAACUAUAUUUUUGUUAGUUUUUGUCAAGGCCUGAUAGGUUCACCACAGUGUGCUUUCUUGGGCUUGUGGUCUCUAGAGGAACUCUGCUAUAAACUGCAUGUGACCUUAUUAACCUCUUUGACUGUCAACUUUGCAAAUAUACUCUCCAACUUAUAGGUACUCUCUCAUGGAAAAAGGCCAGCCUCUUGCUGCAAGGUGCUCAGAGUUUGAUUAUGCUGUUCAGAAUCUAAGACAAGCAGCUUCUAUUCCAACCAUACCUGUAAUAGCAGUGAGGUAUAUGUCUUUUGAUGGCAUCUUUGAUUUAAGCAUAACUUAUCUGGUCUGUUGAAAGAAACUUUCAUUACUGAUUAACUUAACAGAUUAUCAAAAGAUAAAUUUGGGAGCUGUUGCCUUACAUGUAAGUGCAACAGUGUGGAGCUUUGUAGGUAUUCAUGGUAACCAUGCAAUACCAACCACAUUGCAUAGUCUCUCUGAACAAGGUGGUGAAAUAUCUGCACUGAACACCUUACUGACUUCUGUUAUGGCUGGGAUUGUUGGCUGCAAGAUCCAACUUCUAAUUCAAGUGUGAGUGAGAAAUGGUCUGGAAAGAUUGGCCCAUGAUGAUUUAUGAAAACAAGCAAAGUUCAAUUAUGCAAACACAUGUGCAAGCUCUCAAGGUCUUAGCUGCCACAUUGCACAAUGCCUGCUUGCAUGGGAUGGCAGGGCAGCCGUGCCAGUCAGCAAGCCCACACCCUUAGGAAGUGACAUUGGAUUAAUGUGAAGAUUUAUCUGAGGUUCUUUGAAGGAGGGUAACAAUAAUAGAAAAGUCACCAAAAGAAUCAAAAACACAAACACCUGGUUAGAAAGACUUGUCAGUAGUGUUUGGUUAUGUCAGUGUGUGAACUAGUGGAAAAAUUACAGUGUAUUAGUUUCCUAUCAUUUGCAGGCCAGUUUUCAGAAAUCGCCAAGUGUGCUUGUUAGUUGAUAGUGAAGAACCUUUGAGGGAACGCUUUGUCAGAGUGGUGCAACAGCAAGGAAUGUCAGCCAAGACCAGAAAACUGCCUGUAGGUGAUUUCCUAUGGGUCUUACUACCCCCUGGAGUAAAUCCUGAUACAGUGAGAGACAUGCCAGAUCAGGAACUGGUAUGUAGAUAUGUGGCAAAUUUAAUGCUGGAGAUCUUUUUGGUUGAUAUUCAUUUCUUUGUGUAAAAAUGUGACUCACUAACCAUGAGCAAGUGUGCUACGGCUUAAGUCUGUCACCGCAUGAGUUACCUGCAUAUUCUUCUGAAUUGACAUUAGAAUGCAGUAACAACAAGUCAUUUGGUUAUGGUUCAAUCAUAAGAGGCACGAAUCAGUAGGAAAAUCAAUCAUGUAACAACUUUACAGGUCCAUUAUAAGUUUGCUGUCUGGCCAUGAUCAUGCAACUACAUGUAGCAUCUAUUUCUAUGUCUUGAAAAAAAGACUGUUCUCUGUUUCUUACUAAAAAUCCUUGCAACCUCAAGCUUUCCAGAGUCUUAUGAUCAUAGACAAAUGGAAGUGGGAGGUUGAUGACUGAAAUCAUUCUUGGUUCACAUGCUGUGUCAAACUCAGAGUUCUGAUUUAAUGUUAAUCAGCUUUCUGAGUUUAAAAAUGUAAACCCCUCUGGGCAUAAAUUGUCAACUGAAAGAAAUAAUUAUUGGUUUUGAGGCACUUACAUAAUUUUCUGCAGGUUCUCCCCAUGGUUGUAGAGAGGAAAACAUGGGAUGACUUGUGGUCCAGUCUUAAGUCCACAAGAUUUCUUAACCAAGUCAACAGAAUGAAGGUGACUUUAGAACAGAUUGGCUAAUGUAUUUCUCAGACAGAAUGUAAGGAUGUGUAAAAAAAAAAAAAAAAAAAAAAAAAAAAAUGAAAUUAAAGAGAGUUUUGCAGUUUUGAAAGAAAUGUAGCUAGCAAUAUCAAGAGAAGGCUGUUUUCAACUUUAUUGGCUGCUCAUUAAAGAGUUCCUUUAUUUCUCUUAAUUACUAUAUUGCAUUGACGAAUGUCAGGUUUUAAGUUUUAUUAUUCUUUCUCAGAAAUGUGGCUUAGCAAAUCUGUUCUAUCUUGUGGAGGGUAGCCCUAGGGAACUGAAAGGAAAUCCAGCCCCUGAAGUAGCAAGUUUCCUGCAGGUACACAGUGCUAAUAACCUAGGUAGAACAUAAAAACAUAGUGCAUGAUCAUUCAAAUUUUUCAGUGGACCAGGUUGGAUAAAAUAUCCUUUAUGUAAUCCAUAUUUUUGGGAGUUGAUGUUUGUCCCAUAAUUUCAUUUGGAAGUAGGCUCCAGUCUUCUCCAGUAUUAUGCAAAGUAAAAUGUAUUUUCAAACUGGUAGAGCAAUCCUUUUACCUGAGUGUUGCAUUUUCAAGAAUUCCAAGCAGUUUUAGGUGUUAAUUUGGGGUACUACAGGCACUAAACAUUAUUGCUUACUGCCUGAAAAAGAGAAAACUGCAGCCCACUCAAAAUGAGAUUUUUCAGUUUGUUAUAAAUUAUUUGAAGCAGUUUCUUGACAAAAAAAUUCAGUUUGCUUCUGUCACAAGUUGAGAGACAGUAUACUUUACUGUAAGUGGCUAACUGUGGCAACCAUAUCGUGAACACUUUUUCUGUAGGAUUGCUCAUAUUUCUUUUGCUACAAUGACUUUACCUUUAAGGAUAAACUUGAUAGUUUGCUGUUAGAGGAGCAGUUUCUUGUGAAUCGUACUGGUUCAUGGAUGAAAAGUGUGGAAUGGCUCUGCCAUUUAACCAACAUGACAAUAGAAUUCCUGCAGUCAGGUAUGCAAUAAAAAACAAUGUCUUUUCUUAAUGCAGCCUCAGGUUAAGUUUCAUUCAUAUCUUGGUCAAGUGAAAAAACAAGAUGCUUUUGUGAUAAGAUGUGUCAAUAAUGAUAUUUAAUCUUGGAAAAUGAGGUAAUGUACCCAUUUGCAGGGUAAGAAAUCAAUGAAAUAUUUUUCUAAGAACCUUUUAUGGAUCCUAUUUUACAGAUGGAAGUCUCAAGUUGAAGACAUACAGUGAAUUUUCAAGAGGAAGAAAAUUACAGAGAAACUUAGCAAAACUUGAUGCAGCAUCUGCAAAUCCAGGUACAUGCAGGUUCCCUCUGAAAGCUUAUGAUUAUUCUUCUGUAAUCAAAAAGGAAAAGAAAUUUGAGAAAUAUGCAUACAUGACUAGAAAAGUGGCUCUAAAGUAUUCAAGAUGUUUGAAAGGUAUUUUAAUUAGGAAACGAGUGACUCAGAAAAUUUUGUUCUCAGUUAGGAAGACUUUUUCAUGAAAAACUCCCUUUUAAAUUAUAGCAGUGCUUGUCAUUUGAUCUCAAGUUAAUAAAACCAACUGAUAAAUGUGCAUAGAAUACAUAUACAGACAAUUUGUCAGGAAGCCGGAUGAACUUCUGGUGGUAACCUUGUGGUGGACUGUCAUCCAAUCCAAGGGGGAGAAAUAAUACUCCCAAUCACUUAGAGCAUCCAAUAAUCAAAUUCUAGACAAAAAGAAUAAUACUGAUUUUUUUUGUUAAAUGUAAUGUUCACAUCUGAAAUCAGAUCUCACAUUAACCCUGGGUUAUCCCAAUCCAGCUUUGGACAAGAGGACUUUAAUUUAAGAAUCCAACACUACAACAUCUGUACAAGGUAGAAAGGAUGUUUUUAUUAGGAGAUUCAUUCAUGUCUUCAUUUUGUCCAUAGUGGCUGCAUCUGUCUGGUCAGCAUCAGAGUUCACUGACAUAAUUAGAAGGUAAUCACUAAAUUACACUUAAGUUAAUCUAUGUUAAUUUGCAAUUUGUUAUGAAGGUUUGAAGCAGUCACCUGGUUAUUGCAACUCAUUUCCUUUCCAGUUUAUGAGUUCAUUUUUUUUUAAUGUGUGAAGUAAAUCAAUAUAUGAAUGAAAGAGCACAUUUUAAAUGACAUUAUGAACCCUUUUCUCUUUAAUUUUAAUUACAAGCUGCUGGUAAUGUAAAAAAUGGUAAUGAUUUGAGUUGAAAUAUGGAAGAUGUUGUUGUCAUGAUAUUUUAAUAGUGAUGAGAUUUAACAUAUUAAAAUCACUCUCUUACUACUAGAUUGACCACAGCUGCUUAGCUUUAUAAACUUGUACAUCCUAUGUUGAUGUCAUCAUCAGUACUUCUUUGGAAAUUGAUUUGAAAUACUAUAAGUUACAGAAAUCAUAAAAUUUCAAAUUAAAUUAAUUCCAGGGUGGACUUGGCUGGGACUGUACAAUCCUAUAGUCACAUAAUAUUCAAACAUUUGUUUAACAAUUGGUUCGUUUUCCUAUAUUACAUUUAGCCAUAGCAAUGGUGGGAUGGAACUUCAUAGUUUACCUGUCAGUGGUGGAAAUGGUUUACAGGAAGAAAGAUCUUUGAUUGUGAUUCAAGGCCUUACUGUUUAUAACAAGGUAAGUCUUUUCAACCAAUGCAAUAAAAUGAAGAGUAUUUGUCAACUAGUAACUGGGAGAAGAGAAAGGAAAAGAGCUGUCACGUUUGACAUGUACCACUUCUCCAUGUAAAAAACUUUUUUUUUUGUAUCGAUCAAUUUGUCUGUCAAAGUAUGGAAAAGAACCUUUUCUCUAACUUAGUAAGGACAAGAAGUCACAAGAUGUUAUUUGCUCAACAGUCAUAUUAAUUUUAACAUUUUUAUAUGAACUGAUUCUAUCCUCUUGUGGAUACAAUUUAGCAAUGUCACAGGGUACUAGACAAAGCCUUGGCUGAUCUUCUGGACAACAUGCAUCAAACCGCCAAAAGUAAUUCCUUUGUUAUUCAUCUCUUGAUCAUGUUUUGAGUUUGUAGGCAUUAUUUUAUACUUAAAAGAUUGGAAUUUCCAAUUUCUAAAAUUAUUUUUCUCCCUCAGCUUGCAUUCAAAAACAUCUUCAAGGUAUCACUGACCAGCUUGUUCAUGAAGAUGUUCCACAGUGGUACAUUCUUUGGUUACAGGUUAGCAUUCCAUACAUAAAAAAACAGUAUUAAGAAUACGUAGUUAACCCCUUCACUGCUAAGAGUGAGUGAUCAAGAAGUAGUUUCUCUGAGCCAUAUUUUACACACCAUAAGCAAACAGGUAAUUAGAAUAAUAAAAAAUAUUAAGAAGGAUAUUUGUUUUGAUUUUGACACCAAAUUUUUUAAGAACUAACAUUAUAAUAAAUUUGUGGGAGACAGUUAGGUGAAUUGCUAUUCAUAUCUUUGGAGUGAAAGGGAUAAAAUAUUUGUUGUAAAUAUAAUCAAACAUCUUGUAAGUGGGCACCCUCUUUACCAGGAAGAGUGGCAGCUUUAGGGUAGAUCUUCAUUGUUGGGGCAUGCAUUAUACUUGCCUUAGCAUGAAGAAAACAAUUUAUAGAAACAGUUCAUAGAUAGCUUGAAUGUUGAAAGCUGGAAAUGAUAGUAAUACAUCUUACAGGAAAUAAUUCAAAUUUUGCUUUUUAUUCGCGUUCCUUAACCCUUUACACCCUUACAUCAGUAUGCACAUUCUCCAAUCUACCAUCUAUACAUUUCCUAAGAUGCUGACAUGGAGAAUUUUUUUAACAAUCAAGGGCUUCUUUAGUUGGUGAUCAUCUCUGUUAUUCUCAUGAUCUCAAAUGAAUGAUUCAGUAGUAUAAUUGUCUGGAGAAACUAAAUGCUGGUCACUCAGGUAGGGUGUAAAUUUGCUUUACUGUACAUUUAGGUUUUUAAAGGAGCAAUAGUGCGGAGAACAGAGACAGCAGAGGAAACAGCAGAAAUUUUGAGCAAGUUUUAUCAAAUGUCAGGAGGUAGGAUGAAUUAUUAUCAAGUGAUAAACAUGGUGCAAUUUGAUUGCAGCUUGUUAGAAGAUAAUGAGUUUUCUUUACUGGUGUGUCUCGAUCAAUAUCACUCUGUUUUCUGAGACAAUAGCCUUCAGGUAACCUGGGAAUUUUUUGAGAGAUCUAGACCAAUCCAAAGCUUACGGUAGGACCUAACUCAGGAAAUGCAGUAAAGAUGAUGAAAAUAGCCAAAGAGUUGUGCGUUAUUCAUUUCAGGUGUGGCAGAUGUGCCCCUGCCUACUCACAGUGAUGUCAAUGUUGACAGUGGUGCUCAGUUUGGGAUUCAACCAGAGGAAAGGUACCAAGUUGGCUAUCAUCAAUAUAAUAGCUAGUUAGUAACAGUGGCUUCAUAAGGGAACCACAACAGCUUGCUAUAGUUAUAAUAAUGAGGAUUGGAAGGUACCAGUGACCACUUUUGAAACUGCUUAAAAACACCUGUCAAGCUUUAUACAACUCCCCUUGAAAAGCAUUGCAGAAUCAUUUAACCACAUCACCAGAUGAGUACCACUAGUAUUACUGUGUAGCAGACAAAACAUCUCAAAUUUCAAUAAUUUAACUUAAAGAGCAAACAUUCAUGUCAGUAUGACCAUGAUGAACAAAACCUCUUUUGUUUCUACAACUUACUUGUACGUGUACCAAGCUUCCAAAUUGGGCCAAAAUCUCCCUUUUUGGAUAUGAACUAGGUUUAACUGAUGUCAGUUAAGAACAGUAGCAGUACUCAGUUGGACUCUUUUUACAUUAGCAAGACUGCUGGAUUGAAACACAUAUAUAAACAUGAAUGUACUGUACCUAUUUGAGGAACAUUGACUGUGGAUAUGUGAAAAUCAUAUAUGUGAACAUAGAAACAGAAAUGAACAUGAAAGCGAUCUUUGUAGUUAUGAUCACUUCUUAAGCAGUAGUGAAAAUAGGGCCUGAGAAAAAAAAUCAGGCCUUAUUUUCAUUACUGUUUAAGAAGUGUCCAUUACUGGGAAAAUCGCUGUCAUAUUCAUUAAAACACUGACACACAAUAAGUAUAUGUGUAGAGAACUUGUUUUCAGAGUCUGUUAAAAGUUAUUUCUUUUUAUUAUUCAUCAUACAAGAAGCAAAUAUAGUAGUUUUUCUUUAUUACUUUUACAAUUUUUACAAUAGUCUGGUAUUUAAAACUCGUUUAAAAUUUUUGAUCUAUUGCUAGUCCACAAGGGGAUGAACUUGUGUUUGCUAGUGAUUCACAAGAGGAAGAUGCAAUGAUUCGUCAGGUUUGAUAAAGAUGUUUUCCUUAACGUUUUGUUUAAUAGACAAUUGAUAAUCACUGUAUCACACAUGCUCAUUUCACUCUCCUACUGUUUUGACCUGCCUGUCAUCAUUCUUUGUCAUUUUUAUUUCUUGCUAGUUUUUUUUUUGUUAAUCAAGCUUAGUUGUCUCAGUAGGCUUUGCAAGCAUCACAAUAUCAAAACAAGGUUGAUGAGGUGCGUAACAUUUACGUUAUUGAUUUCGAGGUGCUUCUUUGUAGUUUUAUCCCUAUAUAGUUAAAAUAAAAUAGGGCUCUAAUUUUAUUUAGGUCGUUAUGUAGAUAGUAUGUUGUUAUCAGUAACAAGAGGGUUCAAACUUAGAUGUCUUGGACUUCACCCCACUGAUGGUCUAUACUUUUGUUUUACUUUCUUGUUAUCAGUUGAAAUGUACUUAGACAUUUUUAUGAUUUAACGACUACGAUUAAUUUCUAUUUCUCAAAUUCACUCUUUUCAUGUUGUGUAAUGUCUUCGACUCCUUUUCAGAUCAGACCACCAGCAGUUCAACCGUUCAUUCCUUCCAGUUCAGAUGAUGAACUUCAGAAAUAUUCCCUAGAAUCUAUGAAUGAAAGAGAACAACUGUUGCUGGCUAUGAAUCUUAGCAAAGUAGAAUAUGAUGCUGAAAGAUCUUACAAAGACAUCAAUCCUGACCAAUCUGAUAAAAUGAGUGAAAGAAGUUUCACAUCAGAUAAGAACACUCCUAGCAAACCAAGAACUAAGAUGGAUGUCUUCAAGUCAACAUGCACUACGGUUUUUGGUGACAAAGAUAACACUGCACAUGAUGAGCUUGAGAGAGCACUUAAACAAAGUUUGGAAGAGUUUGAAAACCUAAAGAAAAUUCAGGAAGAAAAGAGGAAGAUGUUGGAUGCCGACAGGGACUUGCAGAAAGCUUUGAAACUGAGCAGAUUGGAGUAUACUCAAUCACAGACCAGUGGCACGUGUGAGGGACUGAAAGAAAAGCAAAUUGAUAAUGGCAGCUGUUUGUCAGACAGAGAUAGAGAGUUACAAAGAGCAUUGGAAUUUAGUAAGCUGGAGGCUCACGCUGUCAAAAGGGAUUAUUAUAUCGGCAUAGUGGAAAAAGCCUGCAAUAGAGAGGAAAAACAAUCAAGGGACAGUGAAGGAAUGAACUUUGUGGAAAGUGACCUCCAAAAAGCCUUAGAACUGAGCAAAGUGGAAUAUGAACAAGAGAAAACAAAGGUUUUAAUGACUUUGAGUGCUGGAGGUCGAUCGAAGGAGAAAUCCAUUUUGGAAAGCAAAGAACCAGAGAGCGAGUCUUUGUCCAGCAACGAGGGUGACGUCGCCAAAGCCUUAGAAGUAAGCAGAAAUGAUUGUAACAAAGUUGCAGAACACCGAGGUGAUGGAGUGUUAGACAAGGAAGAGCAGUACAUCACAGAAAAGUGUACUGUGAACGACUUACAAGGAGAGAAGGAUGUAGAAAAGGUAUUGAUACAAAGUUUUGAUGGAAACAAAGGACAUUCCAGUGACAGUGAUUUUCACAGGGUCUCAGAGUUGAGCAGAAACGAGUCUUCAAAAUCCACAAAUUCUUCUUGGGAUGAGAAAGAUAAACGCACUGAUGCUGAAGUUGUGGUACAAGGAUCAAAUGCUGCAUUGGUGCAGUCAAGGGAAAGACUUGAGCCUGAUCGAAACGCAAAGUGUUCAACAACAAUCAAGGAGUGUGUUGCUAAUGGUGAUGUUGUUCCUUCUAGUAUACCCUCAGAAUUAUUUUCACAACAUGAUAAUCAUGGUACUUUUCCUGCACUGGGACACUCAACGCCAGCAGGUAGUGCCAAGUGUUCUGCAAUCUUGCUGGACUCUCAGGAAUUAGAUGAUGAGAGUGUGGAUGCAUUAGAACUUCAGAUUAAAGAAGUCUCUGAAACAGAAAAGAAACAUUUAUGUCCUGUAGAGGAAGAAAGAAGUGUUGAUGAUGACUAUGCAUAUGCAUUAAAACUCCAAAAGGAGCUCAACAGUGAUGUAAAAGGCUCUGAUGGCCACGCCAGGAAAAGCAAGACCUUAGUAGCAGCUGCUGAAGUCGAAGAUCAACUCAAAAUUUAUCGAGAGACACAGAAAGAAAAAUUUGUCACAUGCGCUGGAAGGGGAGAUAAAUCCUCGCGUGGGCUUGAUUUCAGGAGAAAUGUGGCUGCAAUUGCUUGUGGUAAACCAUUGCAAAUUGGUGUUGCCAGUCCUAUAAGUAGAUCAGACCUUUCUCAGAAGAAGCAGGAUUCACCCAAGGACCUUAAUGAUAUUUCCUCCCCUCGAAAACGAAUUCGAAGAGAUGGAAAAAACUUAGAUUAUUCACCCAAGAAACCAGGCUUUCAUAGAGAGGAUGUGUUUGUCAUCAGGUGAGAGGAGAGAUCAGAGAAGAGCAUUGUGAUCCCCGUGAUUUUUCUCUGUUUGUUUGUUUGUAUUUUCUAUUUUUUUUUUAUAUGAGCCAUCCAAUUUCUUACAAUUUAAAAGUGUUGAAAAGUAUCCAGAAGAUAAAAGUAUUCUUUAAUGGGUAGUGGGUGUUGGUAAUUAUUUGGUCAUAGUUCAACGACUUCAAUUUGGGGAAACAAGUAAAGUAUGUGUAUCUGCGUUGAUGUUUCAGGGAUGAUGAUGAUGAAGAACCUAAACCAGCUGGUUCAAGUGGCUUUCCUGUUUCUCCAAGGCCAUCCCCAUCAGGUUCAAGGUACAAUAGGUCUUAUUCUGCUCGUAGAGACAGUUGAAAGAACAAAUUUAAAAAAAAACAAAAACAAAAAAACGUGCAUUUGAUCGUUUAAAAAACCUUGAUGCAGAAAUAUUUCAGGGUUGUCAUUAGAAAAAGUAAUAAAUGUGUGAUCGGAAUUGAGCAGGCGGCUGAAUUGAAUUAUGCUUGCGCAGGGAGCAUGGCGUAUUGCUACACGGGUCCCGGGUCAUGCUCCUUGGAAAACUUUGAAAUUUGAAAAUCACUGGGACGAGAUUUCCAACAUUCUGGGCCUUAUUUGAGCAACUUUAUUCAGCCAGACUUUGAAGUUAUUAUCGUUUAAAAACAAACGUAUCUUCUGUCUUUGAUCACCACUCACUAAGUAGCCGGCGCAGAACGGCCUGACAGCCACCGAAUUUGCACCGUCUACCAGCUUCCAGUGAUAACCCUGCCUUUAAAGUGUUUUGUGACUCCCCUUGAAAUGCAUCUUCAAAUCUUGCUAGAAUGUGAAUUCUUGAUUUUUCUUCUUGAUACAAGUAUGUUUGAUUACACCCCAAGUUAGAUAUUGUCUUACAAAAACACAGUGGUUAGACUAAAUUUUUUUUGCAGCACUUUCGAAAGAGUUCAUCCACGUCUUCCCUCUCUUUCAGGUCCUAUGGUAAGUGAAAUUAAUUAAAGUUCGUUGCAUUGUCACUAAUGUGUGGAAAAAACAAACAAACAAACAAACGAAACAAACAGAACAAAACAAAACAAGCAAAGCAAGAAACGUCAUCCUCAGUGACAGAGCCAAAUUUUAUUCAUACCACAUUGACGUUACAUGUGAUCUAUUACUAAGCAGAAACAUGGCAACGAGGAAUCUAUUCGUCAAUUUGAAUUAACUUUUUUUUCAGCAUUCCCCCUCUCAUCAUUCACCUUCUGGGCCAAAAGAUUCAUCUAUUAUAAAUCAUUUAUCAAGCAGCAGUGAUAAGCCAAUGGGACCGAAGUGUAGCUCUUGUGGAACAGUUGGACAUAACAAGAAUUCAAAAGUAUGCCCUAAUUACUAUUCAGCAGAAGCUGUUCAGCGGAGAGAGGUAUGGUACACUCAGCUGAUUUAAAGGGGGCAAGUUUCUAAAGAAACUGUGGUGUUUCUUUGGUCGGAGAGUAUAACAGUAUAAAAGUAUAAUUAAGUAUUAUCAACUGAGCUGAUAACAUAAAUGCCCACCGUAAAGAGUUUAAAAGCUGACGUUUAGAGCGUUAGCCCUUCGUCACAACCCUUCUCCCAAAGGCUAACGCUCGAAACGUCAGUUUUAAAAUUCUUUUCAGCUGAUUUAAUGUUGAUAAGCAGUCUCAAUAGACCAGUUCCAAACAUUUCAUUGUUGUUUAAUUGUGUUUGUAUGUCUGAAAGCUAAGUUGUGCAAUUUCUAAACAUGGGCUGAAAAGGUCAAAAUGUCGAUUUUCAUUCAAUGUCAAGCACUCCCUGAUAUUGAUUUUCCAAACAUGUGAAUGUGUUUGAUCAUUUUGUGGCCUCUGAUUAUAUUUAGACAAACAGGAAUUCAAGGUUUCCAUAACCCUUGAAAUCCGAGAAUCUGAUUGUUAGUUCUCCCCUCUCGCUGCUACAAAUUUACUUGUAAAUUAGUCUUGAGAAUUUAGCGGUAGAUCAAGAUAACAAAUUCUACCUAAUAAGUUCAGUAAUCUCAUUACUUGUUUGCAGGAUGAUAAUGCGUGGAUAUUAUCGGGAGAAGCUACGUGUUAAUCACUUCUGGGAGUUAUAGGGUUAGAGUACUUUUUCAGCGCGAUAAGGAGACUGUUUGAUUUGUUAUCUUGACAGGAACAAUCAAGGAAGAGAAAAGCAAAGAGAGAGGAAGAAGAAAGAGAGUUUAAUGAUCGCUUGGGUGCAUUGGUAUGUCGGAUUAUAUCAUUUAUAAACUGUUCUGAACUUGAACAUGAGUAUACGGUUUAAAAAACUAAACAGAGCUUGAGCCAAGCGUCCUUCCUGCUGGAGUUUUUUUAGGGUUCUUGGAACAUGGGGCAAUUAAUCUAGUAUAAUUAGUAUUAUAAGUAUAUCUAUCUUAUUAGAGGUUUUGGUGUGUAGUACCUUUGAGUAUUUUUAGCGAGUUGUGCUGUAUUUUGACUCGACCUACGGGCUAGUCAAGAGGGAAACAACGAGUAAGACUACUCACUCAUACUACACACCAGAACUUCUAAUGAUGUACUUAUUAUCCAAUCUCUUUAUGUCAUAUGAAGUUCUUAUAAGGCGGGAAAAGCGAAGCAAGUGGAGAGCGUAGCACGCGCAGCCGACCGGUUAAGCAGGUUUUUGAGAGUUCAAAAUAACUAACCGUCCGAAUAUCGCGUGAUAUCUGUACUCAAUUCGCGCAUGGUACUCUACUUACUCAACCGAGCAAUUUUUGAUUGAUAUAAUCUUUGAUUUGUAGUAUGACAUCAUUAUCCCCUUCGGCUUUCAGAUCUUGUCUUUUGUGACAGGAUCUAAUAAUUGUUCUACCAGCUUUUUGUUUGUUUGUUUUGUUUUGUUUUAUUUUUUAUUUUUUCAGGCUGCUCAAAGAUUGGCAAUAGAGGAUCGAUCAAGAGCAUUAGGUGAACAGCUGGAUGAGCUUAGAAGACAGUCGCAAAACAUGGCUAACACCCAAAAGAUGGUUGAAGAUGCAAUUAAAAAAAAGAGAAAGCGAUAGUAAAUUAAAAAAAAAAAGACAUGGAAAAACUAAGUCAAAGGAAACCAUUCUUAGAGUGCUACAGAGCUUCUGUUUCCUGAAUGUUAUAAUUACGGUGAUGGUUGUUGUAACAGGUUUAUAAGUUAGCAUCUGCCAUGCUUCAAAAUGAGAUAAUUUUUUCGUGUAAUGGUUCAUUUGUUGAACUUGGUGGGACAUUGUUUUGUUGGUAAUAUUUUAAUGAAAUUGUACAUAAUGUAAGACCCUGAAUUCAGAAUUGAGGAAGGAAAGUUCAAGUUUGAUCUUGGGAUAUUUCAUUGGUUUACAUUUAUUAUGGUUUUUACUUUUAAAUAGGAUUUGAAAAAUAUAGAUUGAAAAAUAUUUUUAGAUGAAAAUUGAAAUAUUUUAUAUCCUUGUAUAGCGUACACGUAUGUAGAUGAAGGUAGAAAAAUUGCUUUAGAAAAAAACAGCUACUUUGAUAACUCACAUGCAACUUACCUGUGCAGUACUCAUGUAAACGCUUCAUACAUGUAUCACUGGAAGAAAAAGGAGGCUAAAUUCCUCCAAAAGUAAAAUUUGAAAAAGAGACUGUUGAAAAUAUUGAUAACAUUUUACUGUAAUUUGUUUUAUACCUAUUUUUGUAACAAUCUUUGUUCUAUCAUUUAGUCAUUAUGUGUUCCUGUUGAUGUUCAAGUUAGAGUUGCUGUGUUUUAUUCAAGUGCAGCCUUUGUUUUGUUGCAACAAUAAAUGUUUUAUGAGAAU